AUGCCCCUGCUGGACCUGGACUCCGCCAGCCUCUCCCGCGCCCUCCUUUGGCUCCCGAGCCCCGAUGCGCUGCGCGCGGGGCAGGCCACCGCGCGCCUGGGGUCGCUCUUCGGCGUGCGCGCCCGCGCGGACUCCGGCCCCGGGUGGCGAAGGUUGCUGGGCGACGAGCCGCCCGGUCGGCACUGGAGCAGCGGCUUGCUUUGGUUGCACGGCGCGGCGGCGCCUGCAGAUAUCGCCAGGUACGCGGCCAUGGCGCGGCACUUCGGCGUGCUGGACGGGGGCCUCACGUUCCGAGGCGCCGGCGAGCUGCGGGGCCUCGCGUCUGCCGCGCUGCUGGAGCGGGACGCCGGCGGCGAGGGCGCGGUCUUUGCAGGCCUCUUCGACGUGUUCGCGGCCGCUGGCGACGGGACGCUGCGGAGCAGGCCAAAGAGCCUCAGUUCGACGUACAGGGAUUGCCACCUGGCCACCUUCGACGUAUGCCUGACCCUGGGUCCCGCGCCUGGUGGCGGCGCGUUCUCGGGAGAGAUCCGGCAGGAGGAGAUGGACUACAUUUCGGGGUCUACCUCUCUGGCCACGCCGUGCUCCCAGGCGCGUGCGGCGCCGACGGCGAUUGCCUGCACCGUCCCCGUGCCGCUCGGCGGCGGCCCUCCCGGCGCGGCCGCGGCGCUGGAGAGGGCGCGAGCGCGUGGCGGGCCUCUGCUGUGCCUGCUGCGGGUCCUGUUCCGCAGCGCGGGGAUGGAGCAGCCAGUCGCGCCCGCAGAGCAGGCGCGGGCCGCUCGACGGUCGACCGCAGCGGCCGCGGCGGCCGCGGCGGGUGAGUCGGCCCAGCGCGUCCAGCGGGCGCUGGUGGCAGCAGGUUCGCGCUUGGAAAGGCACGAGGCGAGCGUCGAAUCCGCUUUCAAUGAGCACGAGUUCGAGGCUUUUCUGAGUACUGCGCACGCCAGGCCCGCCGCCUUGGCCCCCACCUUCGUCCGGCAGGCGGACGGCCGAAUUGCUCCAAUGACCCACAGAGCGGGCAGACCCAAGUUUGCGAAUGGCGGCACGAGCUCAGAGGCACCCGCGCGCAGCGUGAGUGGAGCCGUCGACCAGCCCGUGCACGCCGACACCAUGCACGGGGUCACCCGCUUUCUGCAGAGCGACGUGCAGUUGCCCGUCGGGGAAGCUCUGGGUGAGGCCGACGAGGACGCGGACGCCGACGUGGGCGAGGUAGUGCGCGCCGUAGCCACCGACACGGCGCUGAUAUUCACGGCGCUGGUGGCGCUUCAGGACGUCGAGCCGGACAUGGGCCCGACGUUCGUGUGGCCAGCCACGCACACGGUGGAACACCACGCCACGCUGUGGAGCACCAACGGCGGCGGCAAGCUGAGGGUGCACGAGGCAGACAAGGUGUUCGGCGUGGAGCACCUGAAGAUGACCCUCAGGAGGGGCGACGCGGUCAUCUACGACUCGCGCCUGAUGCAUUGUGGCAGCGGCAGCACCUCGGACCAGCGCCGAUCGGUCAUGGUGGCGUCGGUCAUGGGGCCAGGCAUCCGCCCAGACGGCACCACCUGGACGAUGAUGAAGUCGCUGCGCUCGCGGCUUCCGCGGCUCGGCGCCUUCCCCCUCCAGGACUGGGCUCUGAGCGCCGCCGCGGCGCCUGGCCGCGCCGUGGCACUGCCGCCGCCGGAGGCCGCCACGGCCGCGCCAGCCGCUCACGGGACGGCCGUACAGGAGGAGCAGCCAGAGGUCCGGCCAGUUCCACCGCUGCAGGAGUGGGAAGCGGCGGUGCAGUGCUCACUGUGUAGGCGGUGGCGACCCUGUGGCACUAUGGAGGCACCGAAGUUGACAGGCGUGGAGAAUGGCUUCGUCUGCAAGGCAGUCGGCUUCUCCUGCCUGCAGGAGCGCGCGCGUGGAGAGGUCCGAGGGCGGCCAGGUUUCUUUGUUUGUUGUUUCUCUCUCUCUCUCUCUCUCUCUUUAUCUCUCUCCUUCUAUAUCUCUCUCUCUCUUGUUCUCUCUUUCUCUUUGUACUUUUUUUCAGCAGCGUGGGAGCUGGAAACGUUCCAUUGUUCGUCGUCAAGCCAGCGGGUGGGACGAUAG